UCGACCGAUUUUCAGCAUUCGAAUCGGACUCCAUCAUUUCGUGCAUUCACUUCAACGCGUACGGAAGGGUGGUGUUGGCGCACUUGUCAAGUCGAAAUUAAACAAAUUUUUGCUGAGCAGCUGUUCGCUUUGACGUUGACGGCACAUAUCUACAUAACCAAAGGGGGCAUACCUGCACUAGUUGUUGAACGUGGAGUCUUGAUAUUCGGAAAUUUGUGAAUUACUAAUUAAUUUUUUGGAGAAAAAUGAAAUAUUUCGGUGGAGUUGAAGGUGGUGCCACACAUUCGCGUUUGGUUAUCUGCGAUGAGAGUGGGAAAUCGCUUGCGCUAACCUCCGGUCUCGGCACGAACCAUUGGAUGGUUGGAAUACCGGAAGUAGCGCGCAGAAUAGCCGAUAUGGUGGAGCGCGCCAAAGAAGAAGCUUGCAUUGCGCCCGAGGUGCGCCUAACCAGUUUGGGUUUGAGUCUCAGCGGCUGCGAACAGGAAGCCACAAAUGAAGACCUUAAAAAGGAGAUGUUCAAGACUUUCCCUGGUAUUGCUGAGAGUUACGUGGUUUGUAGCGACACCAUGGGCAGUGUUUUCACCGCUUCACCGAUUGGUGGUAUGGUCGUGAUUAGUGGGACGGGUUCGAAUGCUCUGUUACGGAAUCCAGAUGGCAGCACAUAUACUUGCGGUGGUUGGGGACACUUUAUGGGCGAUGAGGGCAGUGCCUUCUACAUCGCACAUCGAGCCAUGAAAAUUGUUUUCGACGACAUGGACAAUCUGAGAAAGUCACCUUACCCCAUCGAACGCCUCUGGGAAGUUAUCAAGCAACACUUCAAUGUCGACACACGCUUCGACCUACUGCCACACUGUUAUGCCAACUUUGAUAAGCCAUUCUUUGCGAGCCUCUGCAAGAAGAUCGCACACGCAGCCGAUCAAGAUGACGAGCUCGCCAAAUCCAUAUUCAACGAUUCUGGCGCGUGUGUAGCGCGCAGCAUAGCGGCAUUGACGCCCAAAGUACAAGAUGAACUAGUCAAAACUGGUGACCUGAGCGUGGUGUGUGUGGGCUCCGUAUGGCAUAGUUGGCAUUUGUUGAAGGACGGUUUCGAGCAUGAAAUGAGCAAACAUGACGUGCCGUUCAACCUGAAAUUGGUCACCAUAACGAAGAGUAUGGCAUAUGGCGCCUGUUAUUUGGCCGCUGACGCUAUCAACUAUCGACUGCCGCGCAAUUAUCUGGACAACUUCGAUGUCAUGUAUCACUAUCGCACGAAGCAAAAGACAACAAAUGGACACAGUAAUGGCGGACAGUGUGUUCCAUCGACGGAAAGUGUUUCGGUGCAUGCCUAGAGUCGAGUCUGGAACACAGUACAGUAGUAUCAAUGCUAUAAGUUAAGAAUACCGAGUAAUUUCGAGUCGCUUCAAAUUCCAUAGGUUAGUCCGUACACAUACAUACCAUAUACUUACAUGCUUGUAUAGGCAGUUACAAAAUUUACUACGUGUAGUUGUAGUCUUAGUUUAAUAAAUAAACAAAUAUACAAAUCGUUAA